UUUGUUCCCGGUGAGUCUCACAGGUUUUCAAUUUUAAAAACAGUGCUGAGCCCAAACUUACUUGAUAUUGUCUGCUCUGUAAGAGCCAGGCCAAGAAAAACAAACAAAAACAGAGAGAGCUCUGAGCAGGGACCCCCAACCUGGGUCAGCCCCUUCCCAUCUAGUGGCGAGGACUGGGUCGGGUCCUGCUUCCACAGCCUUCAGGCUGCAGGGCAUCCAGUCUAGCAGAGAGCCCUCCUCACUGUGUCCUCACUCCUACACCCAAUGCCCUGCCUCCUCUCUGCUGUGGCUCCCAAGGCUGGGCUCUGGCAAACGGUGGCUGGGGAGACUCUGAGGGGGUGGAAGAGAGGAGCAGGCGUCCUGCACCAUUAUCACCAAAGGCAACAUUCAAGGCUUGGGGGGGCUUUUGUCAGAGCAAAAGCGGGAGAAGGACAUGGGCUUGUGAGUCUCUCCCCCUCUUCUUACCCCAGCCCCGGGCUUUCACCCAGUAAUCGGGGGUGGGGCUUUCCCCAGUUUGGGAGUAGGGAAAGAAGGCAAAGGGAAGGCCCUCCUUCAUGGCUAAGCUGGGCCUCUGUAAGUCCACGUUCCAGAGCUGAAAAGGUGACAGCCUCAAGACAAAUGGCCUCAAGGGGGUGACAUAUGUGCAGCCACUUUAGGCGGUCAUCACCAGUCCUGAGCUGGGUGGUGGCACGUGCCUAUAGUCCCAGCUACUCUGGAGGCUGAGGCAGGAGGAUCACUGGGGCUCAGGAGUUUGAGGCCAGUGUGGGCAACAUAACAAGAUCCUGUCACUUAAAAAGAAAAAGAAAAAGAGACCACUGGUCAUGGCCAAGAGUGUCAGGCCCCAGGGACUGUGCUAUCAGAGCAAACCUUCAGCAAUGCUCUCCCCACAUGCGGAACUCCCCAGCAAGGUAUACCAGGUUCUCCAGAAGGAGGGGAAGAGGCCCAGCCCAGCAUGGGAGUUGGGUCUGGAGCCCCUUACACGGCUGAGCUGAAUUCACUCCUGAAUCAGGGAUCCCACCUGGCUGGGGUCCUCCCACGGAGCUGGAAGGCUGUGGCUCCUGGCCCAGCAGCAAGACUGGACCUGACUGUCCUUCUGCACGCUCUGUAAUUUGCCCCUGGAAUCAGCAUUAAGUCAUUUGGAGACCGAUGCCAAGGAUAAAGGCUCCUAUCAGCCUUUGGGAUCUGUGGCCCAGACUCCCUGGCUCAGUUGUGGGCUUUGCUGCCUCAGCCUCCAGACUGGCCUGCGCGGGAGGGCGGGGCCUCAGCCAAGUUGCCCAGACAGUGGAGUAGCCUUAGAGCCUUGGAGCCAGUGCCGAAGGGCCGCUGCACCAUGAUGUGCUCCUGUUACAGAUGGAGACACUGAGAGGGUGAUGUGGCCCCAGGGACCUUUGGAGUCCUUGGGGCUUUUCUCCUCUGCAUCUGCUCUGACCCCAGCACACACAAGCUCCAGCUCCUUCUCACACGUAGUAAAACUGCACAGGUACGAUGCUCCCAUGCACACAACCAGGCAUACAGCACACUGCUGUGAGGAACUCAGAGCAGACAAGUCCAGAAGGGCUGCGGGCUCUACACAGGUCCCAGCUGUCACUCUUCAAGACGGUCUGGACACAGGGUUCUGUGGGGGAGCUGGAAGGGUCUUUCAGAGGGCACGGAGGAGGGCCUCAGGAGACUGGGGGCUUGGAGGGUGGGUUCUGAAAUCCCAUGCUGCUGGGGACGGGGCGAGGACAGCUCCAGCUCAGUGACACUGUCUCCACUCACCUCAACUUCUCUGCUUGAGUUUGGGAGUUCACUGCCAACAAUUCUUGUGGCUCAGACACCGUGUGCCACGCACACCUGGGCCUCACCACAUCCGGCAGCAGGGCUGGGGGAGGGCAGGAUGGAGGGGAUACCCAGGCCCCCAGUCCUCCGGGUGCAGUGCUAGCCCUGGACUUUGCUGCCCAGGGGAGCUGGACAGGGAGGCCUAGGAUGGGGGAGGCCAGUUCUGUUCUGCCUCUCCCUCUUCCCCUUGCCAAGGUCUUGAAAUCCCCGCAGGCCUGGGGAGGGCCGGGAGCGUCAGCGGACUUCCCUCCAGGGCGGGCUUGUGGCAGGGGGAAGUGCUUCUCUCCGGGGCCUGGGGGCUUUCCCUGCCCCCAAGAGGAAGAAGCUUUGCCCUACACAUAACUGGAGACCAGUCACAGACCCCUGCUUUCCCUAUGAAAGGCCCCGGGACCCCCCUCAUUUCCCCUCGGCCCAAGCCCAGGGGCCUGGGCCCCGGGGACUGUGUUCUGGCCUAGCUUGGCCACCAACCUACUGCAAGACCCUGAGUGCUGGUCUUAUCCAGGCAAUGGGGGGUGGGGAGGGGGAGGAGAGAGAAAAUCCCUCUGGCUCAAGGUCUCCAAAUAGAUGAGAAAUAGGACAUCUCAGCAGGGACCCCCGCCAUCAUCCAGUGUAGGAAUCACCCGUGGCAGCAGGCAUUUGUCAAUGUUUGUGGUGACAAAUUUCUAAGAGGAAAAUUCUGGGAGGGAAAGGGAAAAGGCAGAGGAAGCGUGGGGUUGGGGGUUGGAGUACUCCAAGGGACAUAGCUGGCCCUAAGGGGGUGCUUGCAUCUGAGAAGCUGGGUUUAACAGGACUCAGUGGCUUGGGACAGGUCAAAGGGUGGGCGCAAAGACGGAGGGGUGCUGGUCCCUCCGACUCCAGAUAACACCUUCCCUUCCCUUAGUCGUUGGUCCCUGCCUCCUCCCCGUGUGUUGCUCCCGACGCCCUGCCUUCCCCCUCAACCCCCCCGGAGUCCCCGGGUCAGCCCAGACUGCGCCCCACGUGAGGGGCGGGGGCGGGCGCCAGCGCCUUCCUGCUCUGCCCUUGUAUGGUGCCCCGGAGAUCGGCCCACGGGUACUUAACCCGGGCCGCCGCGGAGGGCGCCCGGAGUCGACCGCUCUGGCAGCGCCACCGCCGCGAGAGCCCAGGACGCGGGAAAGACCGAAAGGAAGAGGAAGAGUCACCGGUGGCCAUGGGGCUGGAGGCGGCGCGCGAGCUGGAGUGCGCGGCGCUGGGCACGCUGCUGCGGGAGCCGCGGGAGGCGGAACGCACGCUGCUGCUGGACUGCCGUCCCUUCCUGGCCUUCUGCCGGCGCCACGUGCGCGCCGCGCGGCCAGUGCCUUGGAACGCGCUGCUGCGGCGCCGCGCGCGCGGCCCUCCUGCCGCCGUUCUCGCCUGCCUGCUGCCCGACCGCGCGCUGCGGACGCGCCUGGCCCGCGGGGAGCUGGCGCGGGCCGUGGUGCUGGACGAGGGCAGUGCCUCGGUGGCGGAGCUCCGGCCCGACGGCCCGGCUCAUGUGCUGCUGGCCGCGCUGCUGCACGAGACCCGCGCGGGGCCCACUGCCGUGUACUUCCUGCGAGGAGGCUUCGAGGGCUUCCAGGGCUGCUGUCCGGAUCUGUGCUCUGAGGCCCCCGCCCCUGCGCUGCCGCCAGCAGGGGACAAAACCAGCCGCUCCGACCCCAGGGCUCCCGUCUACGACCAGGGUGGCCCUGUGGAGAUCUUGCCCUACCUGUUCCUGGGCAGCUGCAGCCACUCGUCAGACCUGCAGGGGCUGCAGGCCUGUGGCAUCACAGCCGUCCUCAACGUGUCCGCCAGCUGCCCCAACCACUUUGAGGGCCUUUUCCGCUACAAGAGUAUCCCUGUGGAGGACAACCAGAUGGUGGAGAUCAGCGCCUGGUUCCAGGAGGCCAUAGGCUUCAUUGACUGGGUGAAGAACAGCGGAGGCCGGGUGCUGGUGCACUGCCAGGCUGGCAUCUCGCGCUCUGCCACCAUCUGUCUGGCAUACCUCAUGCAGAGUCGCCGUGUGCGGCUGGACGAGGCCUUUGACUUCGUUAAGCAGCGCCGGGGGGUCAUCUCCCCCAACUUCAGUUUCAUGGGGCAGCUGCUGCAGUUUGAGACCCAGGUGCUGUGUCACUGAGGUGGUGCCCCUCUGCCUGCCUGCCCCACUGUGCUGGCAGGAGCUGACUGUGGACUGGUGGGCUCCCCUCUGGGCCAGCACAGUCCCCUCACCUCUGGGAGGGCUGCUACCUCCUCAGAGUUUGAGAAGCCCCCACAUGGGGGCUCUAGGAAUGCCGGCAUCCUGGUCUUUCCGACCUGGUGCUCUUCUGCUGGGGGACUGAGGCUGGCCCUCAUUCGGGGUCGGGAACCGAGGGUGUGUCUGCUCUUUCCCACCCCAUCCUCUGGCAGAAAUCAGCUAGACUCUAUACCAUGGACUCUCACUGGUCCACCACCAUGUUGAAGCCCUUGGCAGCCUGAGAGCUCCAAGGAACAAGCUGUGACAACCAGGAGCCCUGUCUGUGGGUUCGUCCACCCAGGGCCUGGAGCCCAAGCCCUGUGUUCCUGGGGAAGCUGGGGACUUGGGAAGUGAUGGGUGUGUCGUCUUGCGUGUGUCUGUCUGUGAGCCUUUCACACCUGUGCUGGCGCUGGAAAAUUAUUUGUGCUCAGCUGACAUUUAACACUCCCUCCCCCGCUUCCUCCUAGCCCUGUGGGCAGGGGUUGGAAACUUAGCACUUUAUAUUUAUACAGAACAUUCAGGAUGUGUCAAUAAAAUAUUGUUAUAUUUAAAAAACAA